AUUGACACUUAAUUGUUAUCAACAACCAACAACAAGUUUAUUGUGAAGAUGGCGACGACUGGAGUUGGCUUUCGAUGGUUAGAUAUUUUAGAAAAGGAGUACGACAAAGCAUGUGUCGAAUUAGACGCUUCUUUGUCGGAAUUAGAUACAGAGGACCCAGAAGUUGUAUUUACGUCUCGUCAGAAGAUUGCAACUCUAAGUUCAUGCUUUGCACAGCUGACUCACAAGGCUCUAACAAUAUUUCAAAACAGUGCAAAGCUCGAGGCGGAGCUUGUGGACAUGAGGGCUGAAUUGAUUCAAGCUCGUGCGGCAGUCGGUUGUCAAGAGGGCGGGGACAUGAUGGGUAAUGUCCCGGAAGCGGGGCGAGCGCGAGCCGAGGCUGCCCAACUUGCUCGAGAAAACGCAGCGUUAAGGGAAACAGUUCUUGCCCUACAUUCUGAGCUUUUUGGAGCCAGGCUCGCAACGAAGUACCUAGAUAAAGAAUUAGCAGGAAGGAUACAGCAGUUACAAUUAUUAGGCAGUGACAUGCGCGCUGAACUAAGAGAUUCCCUUUGGGCUCAGGUUGAGGCAGAGAUCCUACUCCAGCGGCAUAAGACGCUGGUACGGGUUUGUCGCGGUCUGGCGCCCCGUGCGCCCCGCCCGCCCGCAUCUACGCACGCUCCACCGGCCCCACGCACAGUGCGCGUGCGUCGUUCGCCACACCUCGGCCUCGGAAUCUCUGUCACGGGUGGUCACGAGCACGGCGUGCCCAUUCUCAUAUCGGAGCUGGAGGCGGGCGGGCCGGCCGCGCUCACUGGCGAGCUGUACGUGGGCGACGCCAUACUGGCCAUCAACGACCUGGACCUCACUCAGGCUUGCCAUAAAGAAGCGGUCCAGGCGUUGCAGAGCGUGAAAGGAGACUGUGCUCUUUGUGUUCAGUUCAUCGCUACAGAUGACGACGAUCGUCUUUCCGAAGACAAUUAUAGCAGGUUCCCGCUGUACCCCGAGGACGGCGACGUGUUCGAGGGAGAGCCCGACGCGGCCGGAGCCACGCCCACCGCGCCGCGCACCCCCGACUACAACCAUCGCGCGUCGGGUAGCGAAUGCGGGGAGAUCGACGCGUACGCAGCACGGCGAGAUAGCGAGUACGAGCCGCUACGUACGACUGUACGAAACGAUAUCGUGUACGCGGAACGAGACGAAGUGAACUCGUACGGAGUGUCGGAUGAAAGAACUUAUGCAGCUCGAGACGGGAGUAACUCGUACGUUCAAGACGGCCGGUCGUUCGCGGUGCGCGGAGAGGGCGGGGACGGGGCGGGGCUCGUGACGAGUGCGCACUACGCAGACUACAACAACAUCAACAACCUCGCCAUCCUCGACAUGGACGACGACUCCAUCAAGAUCGAAGCUCGAAUUGAAUGUAUACAACGGGUGCAGAUGUCGGCGUCGGCGUCCACGUCGGCGCGCUCCACGCCCGUGCACGCGCGCGCCGCGCUCAAGAAGAAGCGCAAGCCGCAGGAUUGGAGAACGAAAGGGGCGUACUGCGCGGUGUCGGACGCGCAGUCGUCGGACGAGCCACGCGAAACUCACCAGACGCCCCCCCAUCGCCCUGAGCGCUGCGAUAUCGCAGCCGUUUCCGAGAAAGUGCGGGCACCGCCGGCACCGGCAGACGAACCCCCGUCACCGGUGCACCAGACGCCCCCGUGUCUACUAACGACCACCACGUCCGCCGACAACGAGGCGCUCGCCGACACGCUGUCGCCUACCGUGUCGCUGGCCGACAAGGCACCCAACGCGACGCCCGCCGCCGCGAUCCCGUCCAACGCGACGUCGACGACGGCUAAUUCGAAACCACUGCCGGCCCCCGACCCCGAAAACUCGUGCGAAAUCAUCGCCCCGCCCCCUCUCGACAUACGCUUCAAGUCGAGUAAAACGAACGGCGACAGCCGCGUAAGAAAAGAGACCAAGGGCUUCAGGAUAGGCUCGGCGCGGCGCGUGACGGAGGGCGCGCGCAACGGCUCGGCGGAGCGCCGGCCGCCGCGCCUGCUGCCGGGCCGCGGCGACCCCGACUUCGGCACGCCCGUGUAGCGCGCCCCGCCUCGCCUCGCUUCGCCUCGCCUCGCCUCGCUCGCCUCGCCGCUGUCCCUGUCUGCGGUCCGCGGUCCCCUCGAGUCGUCCCCGGGCGCGACGGGGAGGACUUAUCGCUAGUGUCCUUCGGUUGGCCUCGGUUUCGCAGGGGACGGCGCUCGACGUACGACGACGAUAUUCGCACAAAAUCGAUUCAGUAGCUUAGUUUAGAUAGGGAGGACGUUUUAAUUGUAGAAAUGAUGCAUCUCUGCGAAGUGUUAUGUUAAUCGAUUACGUUACUCGUAACGUCGAUAAGGAUCUCAGCCCGCGUCAACGUGAAGUCGGCGACCUCUGAUUUUAUUUUAUGUAGGUACUUAGUUACACGAUUACGAUUUCCUUUGUAUUCCAUUUUUUUCGUGUAGAUAUAUUUUUAUCUUAUUUAUACGUUUUUUUGAUUGAUUUAUACGUUUAGUGAUUAUGGCUUGUGAUCUAGAAAAAAUAAAUUUAAAUUAAUAUAUUAUAAAGUGUAAAAACGGUUAAUCCAACUAUUGUCUUGUAACGCUUUCAUAUCGGCUUACUAUUUAUUUAUAUUAAUUAUAUCUGUAAAUACGUAACUACGUAAGUUUUAAAUAUCCUUAUUUCGGUCAACCAGCUCUUUCAGCGUCCUGUCUAUUUCAGAUAUAAACACGCGUUCCUUGACGUUUUUAACAAAACAGCUUUAUAAAAAAUUUUAACUCUUUUUUUUAAUUUAAUGCUAUGAAAUUAAUUCUGACCUUCGCCGAAGACAUACAAACGGAAAUUAUGAAAGCAGUGACACUAUGUGAUAAAUUUUAUUUGUACCCACUCACUUUACACACAGACUUAAACCAUAUAUACGAGAGGAGUGUUACUCUUUCCUAGCGCCAUUAUAACCCAGUCGGUCACGGUACGUUCACCUUCACCGAAGACCUAGCUUAAUUUGAAUCCUGCCAAGCACCGUUAAGAUUUCACGUACAUUUCUGGUGAUUCAUAAGUUAAACUAGCUGUUGCGAGGAUUUCACCGCGUUAAUCGUCCUUCACCGCCCGCGAGGGCAUGAUUUAAUAGCCUAUAUAUAUAACCUUCCUCAAAAAUUGGGCCUUAAAAUGCAAAAUUUUCAAAUUCCGACCUAAAUACACAAACAAAUUCUUCCGCUUUAUACUUUAUACAUAGUGCGUGAUCGGGAAACGUACAAGCGACACUACUAUCAUACCUGUGGAAAAUAUCGAUGUUUAGCCAAGUUAUAAUUGAAUGUUAUUAAUUUUUUAAGUUUGACAUUUUAUUUUGCCUUUAUUCAUUUCCAUAUAACAUAGCUCAUAGCCUCUACUGACAAAUAGACAAAUAUGAUGUUACUUAGCCAGUAGCAUAAUUAUCUAACAGAGCACGACUUUUUAAGUUUCUAACCGAUGGGGUGUGCCUGCCUUAUUUUAUUGUGAAGCCUCAAAAAUACAAUCCAGACGGAUUCCCGCUAGGGAAGCGAGAUAGCUGCACGAAUUGGAUCGUAUAACGCUUCCCUAUUAGUGAUUUAGAACUGCCCUCCAUCGAGUUGAAUUUGAAGUUUCAUAUAUCAAGUAAAUUCUAUAAAGCCCCAAAAAUAAUACAUCACAUGUUUGUCUGGCGAUUUAUUGUAACUCGAUUCACAGUCGCGGACUUCUCUAGUAGACAUUUACUUAUCUAUAUGCGGUGAAAUCCUAAAACAAUAGACGUCGAAUAAGGUAUCCGAGCUUAAACUACGCGUCACACUGACCACGUUUAGUUCAUCUUAAUACUUUUAAAUGUUUCAAAUCACUCAUCAACAUUUCGUAGGAAAACACAAUCUUUCCUCCCCCAAAGGGAAAUGGACAAAUUUUGUGGUGACAAACUUUUUAAGUUGUCAACAUAAUUGAAUCAAUGUCAUAUUAUUGUUACUGGCUUUCUGAAGAAUUAUAAGCAUUUACAGACACAGAAUUUGUCAACUACUUCAGUGGAAACGUAGUAUAUGUAUAUUUUUAGGUACUAAUUACCUAUGUAAUAUAGAUGUUCAUUCUUAUCAUAUAAAUGACAAAUUUCAUUAUUUGCUUUGUGCAAAUAUGUACAAAAGAGUCAUGGUAUUUAUCAUUUAUUUGAAAUAUUUUUAUUAAAAGUUGAAGACUAUUCUUUUUAAUUAUUGAUAAUUAUAGCAUUCAUUGACACCAACAUUGUACUUCCUAACGAUUGUAUACGUGUACCUAAGACUAAUUCUGAUUACAAUCAAAAAAGGCUCACAU